AGCCUCUCCGGACACCGUAAUCACAAAAUUUCAAAACCAUUUUAGGUUUGAAGAGGGCUUGUGUCAAGCAAGCUAGGAAAUGGUUAAUAAAGCUGGCUACUACUUUGGUGUCAUAGGCAACUAUCAUAUGUCUGAGGGUGUAGCUUUUGGUAAUUAAAAAAAAAAAAAAAAGUCCAGCACCGUACGUUUGUAUUGUGUCUCGGCUUGCAGACAGGCUGAGCAGGAAGAGUCUGGACUGAGCGACCAGCCACCCGUUCAAAGGGCAAUGUUGUCAUUCAUUGUCAGGUCAGCUCUCACGAAAAACAGGGGCUUGUGGCACCUCGGUUGCAGUGCGGUCAGAGCCAUGUCAUCCUCAGGUCCGACCCCUCCCUUCACCACCCUGUCCAUCAGUCACCCGAAAGAGUCCAUCACACACGUUGAGCUGCACCGGCCCGAGAAACGCAAUGCCAUGAACAAGGCCUUCUGGAGUGAGAUGGUGGAUUGUUUCAACCAGAUAUCUGGAGACCCAGACUGCAGAGUGGUGGUGGUUUCUGGAGCAGGGAAAAUCUUCACAGCAGGUAUUGACCUGAUGGACAUGGCCAGUGAUGUUCUGCAGCCAGAGGGUGAUGACACGGCCAGAAUUUCCUGGAAUAUGAGAAAAAUCAUCACCAAGUACCAGGAGACGUUUACUGUUAUAGAGCGGUGUCCCAAGCCUGUGCUGGUGGCGGUGCAUGGAGCCUGUGUUGGAGGAGGUGUUGACCUGAUCACCGCCUGCGACAUUCGCCUGUGUACUCAAGAUGCCUGGUUCCAGGUCAAGGAAGUGGAUAUUGGUCUUGCAGCAGACGUUGGAACUCUGCAGAGACUUCCUAAAGUCAUCGGCAGCCGCAGCCUCGUGAACGAGCUGGCCCUGACAGCCAGGAGGAUGUACGCAGACGAGGCCAAGAGCAGCGGGUUGGUCAGUCGAGUGUUUGCUGACAAGGAGGCGAUGAUGGCUGGAGCUCUGGAGAUGGCUGGGGAGAUCGCAGGCCGCAGCCCCGUGGCCGUGCAGGGCACCAAGGUCAACCUCAUCUACUCCAGGGACCACAGUGUGGCGGAGGGACUGGACUACAUGGCCACGUGGAACAUGGCAAUGCUUCAGACUCAGGAUGUGAUGAAAUCUGCUCAGGCCUCCAUGGAGAAGAAGAGUCCAAAGACAGUUGCCUUUUCUAAGCUCUAAACACACGAUUCACGCGCAGCAGAAUUUGUGGUGGUUUUCUUUCUUCAUUUUUAACACUUUGAAGAGAAAGAAGAAAUCAGUCGUCACCCUGCGUAGAUCAGGUCUGUGCCUCAAAGGUUUAAAAUGUGAUUUUUUUUUUUUUUUUUUUUUUAUUGCUGUGUAAACUGAGCUUGUAACAGUCAAACUUACCACAUAGUAGUGUCUGAAGAACAGCAAGCAGUAGCCAUGUGGAGAGGACGAGGUGUGACUGAGGUGAGGGACAGGAGAUUGGAGUAAAAGUCUGUCUUCACUUUUUCUCCCCAAGAUUUAAUUUCUGGCAGGAUGGAAAAGUGUAUUUGUCCCAUUUGAGAUUGACAGCACCUAGUGGCCAUAUCAACAUUUUGGUGAGUGAGUACGGGUCCAAAACAAGUGAAUGCUCAACUUAACAGUUCUUCUAGGUCCAGAGAUGAAUCGGAAUACAAGACUGUUCCAUAAUGACGUAGGAUGAGAGCACCUGAAUAUGAUCUUUAGCCCAGGCAAUUCGUGUGUUUUGUCACGCCUUCAGUUUUUCUGAACUACCAAACUUAACACUGAGCUGUCCUCGGGGUUGAGGAAAGAUAAUAAGCCAAUCAUACUUUUGUACAUCUAUAAUGACUCAUGAAUGUUUCUAUCUAAUAAAUGAGUAACUCAUCUGGAAGCACA